AUGUUGUGUGCAAAAGAUGCUGUAUGGCAGAUUGAGCCAUAUUUAGAAGAACGGGCGUAUCCUUGGCUAUAUCCAUUGGGAAAAGGUGGUGAAGCUGAUCCUGAGCGACCUAUAGCGUUGAAUUUACGAGAAUACUAUAAGCUGAGAUUGAAAUCGGAUGAUAAUCGUUGGCAAAAAGAUCCAACGUGGAUUUUUAGAGCACUUAAUGUGUUACAACGAGAAGAUUUGCGUAGAUCAGUUAAUUUUCAUGCAAAGAAAAGUUACUUGAACGGGAAAAUGUGUUAUUUAAUAUAUCCAGAUAUCGGUGUAGUUAUUCGGGGAUCUUCUGCAUUUUGGAGUAAAGCAAGAAGGCAUCUAAGAGCAAUGUAUGCUACUUUGGGGAAGCCGUUCAUUUUUCUCUCCAUUAACUUGCAAAAUGAUACCGAAUUUUUAACCAACAUUGACCCUGAGAAAUUCGGCACACCAAAUAUUCCAAAUUGGGAUGCAAUUAAUGCUCUGAGUAGUGAUGAAUACUUGACACUGGUAAACGAAAAUGCAGGCUUAGUCGCACGAAUGUGUAAACGUCGAAUGGCCGCUUUUGAAGAAUACAUCAAGAAUAAAGAGCAUCCUUUUCUUAUUGAUUAUAUUGUGUCGAAUUAUUUUUUUAAAACUAAAUUUCAGCGAGAUGGGCUGCCACAUUUACAUGCGCUGAUAUGGGUAGAAAGUCCGCCGUCGGCUGAAACAGUUGAAGGUCGUGAAAUAAUAAUUAAGUUUGUUGACAAGCUACUAACAACGGAAUUACCAGAUAAGAAUCUUCAGCCCGUGUUGUAUCACUUAGUUGUAAAGAAUCAACUUCAUAUGCAUACAUUCACUUGUCAUACAGAACCUAUAGUAAAAAUUCGACGUGGAAAAAAACGAUUAAACAGUAAUAAACAGGCAAAUGCAGAAAAACUUAAAGAAAAUCUGUGUAAUUAUAAUCGGGAUCAUGAAGAUGACCUUUACGAAAAAGUCAAUGCAGAUGAAGAUGUUGAUAUGAUUCGUACAGCGGUGGAGAGAAAAGAAUUUUUUGAACGGGCAGGCUGUCGAUUUUCGAAACCUGAGGGAUUGGCUUUGGAGACUCAUUUUCGAACGUAUCAAGAAGCAAGAAUUUUGACUCGCGGUGACCGGGACAUUAUUAUGAAGAGAACAACUGAGGCAUCUCGUCGGAUUGUUCCUUACAACGUUAAUUUGCUCAAAACGUUCAGAUGCAAUCAUGACAUCCAGAUUGUCACUGAUCCAUGGGCGGCAGCUGAGUACCUUUUCUCAUAUGUUAGUAAAGAAGCACGUAUGGAGAAAGAUCUUGUAUAUAAACUAGCUGGGUGUACAUGCUCUACGUUGGAAGAAGCACGAAAAGUCCUGUUAAAAGCUGGCAAUGCUGUUCUCUCACAUAGACAAAUAGGGAAAAUUGAAGCUUCUUGGCUAAUUCUAGGCAUACCUCUCUAUCGAUGUUCAAUGGCCACUGUUCAUAUAUAUAUAUCUUUACCAUGUGAUGAGGAUCGUUUAUUAAAGAAUAAAAGUAUCGAUGCUAAUUGUAUUAGCGAAGAUGAUUUUGUAAAAACAAUCAUACAACGAUACUCACAGCGACCUUCAGAACCCUCUGCGAUUGGUAAUAUGACGUUAUUUGAAUUCGCAACUUGGUUCACCAGUGAGUAUGUUGAUUCACAAGAUGAAAGUGCUGAUUAUGAGGAAUUGGAAUGUAAUCACUUAUGGCGAACUAAUUAUAAUGAACCACCUCUUGUUAAAAGAUCAAGACGUUUGCCGCGUAUUAUUCUUACAUCUGGUUAUAAAAUGCGGCAACAUGAACAUCCGAAAUGUGUGACAUUUACUUGUUUACAUGAUAAUCCAGUUCAAUCAAUAUAUUGUAUUUUGUGUUUAAAUAUUCCGCAUCGAAAUCCAAUAAAUGAGUUUCUGGCUGGCAAACAAGAACCUAAUGUUGAAGAAUUAUACCAACUUCUCCUGUGUCGUAAAUCGGAAAUAACAAGCAAUAUUUUAAGACUUCCUGAAAGCUGCAGAAUACAACUACGGAACCUCGUUGAUCAUCUGAUGAAUAUCAACACCAACGAUUUCAAAAUUGAUUAUAAAGAGUCUUAUAUAUUUACCAAUCCGAACGAAAUGGAUCUGGAGCAUGAUGACACAGACAGAAUGAAAUCAAAAUGUGAUGAUAGUUCGGAAAAUGUAAUAAUAAAUGAUGGGUUCGAUACCUUUGAGGAAAACCGUGGUGAGAUAACGCCAAAAUCAGGAUCGUUAAAACAGCUUCGUGAUUCGACAAAUCCGCAGCAAAAAUAUUUACUUGAUUUUAUUCAAAACUAUUUUGACUGUGUAUUGAAGCACGUUAGACGUCCAACACAAGCUAUCAAACCAAAACCAUUUCACAUUGUUGUUAAUGGUCUUGCUGGCUCUGGUAAAUCGUAUGUUAUUACAAUAAUUGAAAAGAUGAUGAAAGAAUAUUGUAUUGCUGAAUCUGCUGGAAUUUCACGUGCUCGUAAGAACUUUGGCCUGUUGAAAAUGGCUCAUACUGGUAAAGCUGCGUUGAAUAUUCAGGGAUAUACAAUUCAUUCUGCUUUAUCCAUUUGUCCGGAUGGUAAUUCAUCUCCAAAUAGUUUGAAUUCGUUCAAAUUAUAUACACUACGGAACCGAUUAAGCGGUUUAUUAUUGAUUAUUAUAGAUGAAAUUUCGCUGGUGUCGCAUGGGUUAUUUCAAAAAAUCAACAAGCGAUUGAAUGAGAUAUUUAUGACAUCAGAUCAAUCUGACGUUUACUUUGGCGGAAUUUCGGUUAUCGUUUUCGGAGAUAUGGCUCAAAUAGAACCUGUAGCUGCAAAGCAGGUAUUUUUUCGUCCGAAAGGUGAAAUUGUGUCUUUAUGGCAUGAUUUAUUUCGUGCUAUAAAUUUUGAUAUUAAUAUGAGACAAGGAGAUGAUCGAAUUUUUUUCGAUUCCUUAUGUCGCAUGCGCAAAGGAUGCUUGGAUGAGCAAACUGAAGCGUUGAUUAAAUCAAGAAGCGUUCGUAAAGAAGAUAAUCCUGAUAGUUAUCACGAAAGGCUUGAAGAGCUACAUUCGAGCGAAUUCAAAGAUGCUAUACAUGUUUAUGGUACUCGUAGAUUGACAAAUUCAAGAAACUUUGAAAGAUUAAAAGAACACAUGAGAGAAACAAAAUAUCCAGUUUUUAUGAGGGUUGCAAUGGUCGAUAAUUCGUUUUACAAAGUCAAUAAUGCAAGUAACAAAACUUGCAAAAUAAAACUAAAACCGUCAAGUGAUGAAAAUAAAUGUGGGUCGUUAUACGUUCGUUUUCCGAUAUGUGUUGGUGCACGAGUUCUGAUCAGACGGAACAUCGACCAAGAACAUUAUAUUGUAAACGGAACCGAUGGUAUCAUCAAAGAAAUUGUAUGGGAAGAUGCCAGAAACUUUCUUUCACCAGCACUCAUGAUAGAUGACAUAUUUUCUUCGUUAAACAAUGUGAUUCACACAAAAUUACCGAAACAUGUAGUAGUUGAAUUAGAGAAUGGUCGAGAAUAUAAAAUCAAACCUGAAGAAACCCGGUUCAAAGACAUGAAUAAUGUGAAUAUGACUCGUUUACAAUUGCCAUUUGCUUUGGGUUAUGCUAUUACAAUACAUCGAACUCAAUGCAUGACAUAUCCCAAAAUGGUGGUUGAUUUAGCAGGCAAAUAUUGGAAACCCGGAAUGUUUUAUACAGUUUUAAGUAGAACUCGACGUAUAACGGACAUUAUUUUAUUGGCUUACGAUAGGAAAUCUUUCAAAGUGAUGCAUUUUCUAAUUGGACGUUAA